AUGAUAAUAUAUCUCAUAUCCGGCCCAAGAAAUUGUUCUACGGCACUUAUGUAUUCGUUCAGCCAACGGCCAGACACGACCGCCAUCGACGAGCCGUUUUAUGGCCUGUGGUUAACACAACUCAACGAGCCACAACCGUUUUUUGACGAAAUUGUCCAAUCAAUGGAAUGUAACGAUCAAAAUAAAAUUCACGAUCUCAUUGAGGCAAAAGAGAAAAUCAAAGGUAAUGUUUUUGUUAAAAAUAUGGCAAAUACAGUUAAAUAUAUGAACAGCUUGCGUAUAUUAAAUUAUCAUCCGUUAUUUCUUAUUCGUGAUCCUAUCGAUACAAUUAUAUCACAUGCAAAGAUAUAUCCAAAAGUCACUGCAGAAGAUCUUUGUUUAGAAUAUCAAAUUGAGUUAUACGAUCGGCUAAAAACAAUGUUAAAAGAAGAUCCACCUAUCAUUGAUGGAAAUGAAUUACGAAAGAAUCCACUGUCAGUAUUAACACAAGUAUGUCGCCAAUUAAAUUUGCCAUUUACACAUGAAAUGUUAUCAUGGCCAAGUGGCCCUAAUCCUGCAGAUGGUAUAUGGUCAGAAGCUUGGUACAAAGAUGUGCAUUCCUCCACUGGUUUUAUUCCAUUACCAUCCAUUAGAAAAACAAAGGCAGAUAUUCCCAACGAACUGGUUCCAAUCUAUGAUCAAGCAGUACCUCUUUAUCAAAAACUUUUCUCGCACAGUAUUCGAGCUUGA